AUGAGCGAAUCAAGGCAAGAAUUACUGGCAUGGUUGAACGGCUUGCUCCAACUCAACAUCACAAAAGUCGAGCAAUGCGGGACAGGGGCCGCGCUUUGCCAGCUAUUUGACUCCAUUUUCCUUGAUAUUCCUAUGGCUCGGGUGAAAUUCAACGUCAAUACCGAAUAUGCCUACAUACAAAACUUCAAGAUCCUGCAAAACUGCUUUACAAAACACGCCAUUGACCGAACCGUGCCUGUCGAGCAACUGGUUAAAUGUAAAAUGCAGGAUAACCUCGAGUUUCUACAGUGGUCAAAGCGGUUCUGGGACCAAUACUUUCCGGGGCAUGAUUACGAUGCGGUCGCAAGAAGGAAGAGUGCCGGUACCGCCCCAGCAGCAUCGACCGCCGUCGCUCCACGAACAAGCACCGGCGCAAGCACCACACGAAAGACCGGGACAACGCCUGUGGGUCGACCUGCACCGCGUGCCAUCGGUGCAGGAAGCGCCAGUUCAUCUGCUCUGAAGGCGGAAAACGAAUCGCUGAAAGAAGCCAUCGCCGGAUUGGAGAAAGAGCGGGACUUCUAUUUUAGUAAAUUGCGCGAUAUCGAGUUGCUCCUGCAGAAUGCGGUCGAACAGGAACCCUCUCUUGAAACCGACGCAAAUGGUCUUGUGAAGAACAUCCAGACCAUACUCUAUAGCACAGAGGAGGGGUUCGAGAUUCCGGACCUGGAAGCCAACGGAGCCGAGGAACCAGAAACAUUCUAG